AUUCCACUCCAUAUCUCACGCAUGUUUUAGUUCGAGAAAUAUAUCACAUAUAAAAUUUUUAGGAACACAUUUACAGCGGCAUGAGACUGGUUCCCCUCACUAUAUCCUUCGGACCAGGUAUCCAUGCGGCCGGUAUCCAAUCACCAUGCGUCAAAUCACCCACUCCUGCUUCAUUCAUUCGUUCUCGUAGAACAGAGAUAGUCAUCAAUCUCGCACGCGCCCUUGGCAUCGUGUUAUCUGUCGUCGGCGUCACUAUGAUUGUCGUUUGGGUGGCUACGCCCGCUCGGAGAUUGUGGGGCAACUACCCAGAUCCAUCCACAACGCCUCCUGAACCCACCUUUCAGUCUUGUCACCACAACAAAUACGAGCUUCCGCCAACCAUCGAUCCACCCAUCCACCUCUCCGAUGGUCCCCAUACGCCAGAGGGUGCGCAAUUAUUUGAAGUGGAAAUGUCAACCAGUGAAGCGACAGCUACCAACAGCUUCAUUUGCGACGAAUCUUGUCAAAAUAAGAACUUGCUUGAUGCCCUGUCAAGAGUCGCCAUUUACAAGAAACGCUACUCCACGCGAUCCAAAAUAUUCUCAAUCGCCUUUGCCGAGGAGACACAUCUAGAGAAUGAGGAGCGCUCUCUCCGCGAGCGUACUGUCCAUUUUUUGAAACGGUCCAACAUCCACCCGGAGCGCGACGAUGCCUGGGAAAUGCUUCAGAAUAUGAAGGCAAAGAAGGACAGUCCCAAGAAGGAAGAGGAUCAGCACAAGGAACAGAAGGAUUACCGCAAGAAGAGGGGCAUACAAAACGAAAAAAAAGGUUUUAAAAAGGACGGCACAAAGCAUCACGAUAAUAGCGAGAAUAAGGGUAACAGAGGCAGUCCAACACAGGCAACGACCAACCAAUACAGAUACGAUCCUCAGGUGAUCAUCCAGCUCGAUACCAUUGGUACUGUCAGCGGCUACUACGGCAAAAUCCAGGUUGGUAACCCAAAGCAGACGUUCAAUGUCGUGUUCGAUACGGGUUCGAGUGACCUUUGGAUCCCAUCCUCCAAGUGCAUCGAAGAAGGGUGUCUCUCUCAUCAACGUUUCAAUGGCCAGAGCUCUUCCACCUACGCCAGCACGGUCCCUGUUCUUCCCUUCGAGAUCGAGUACGGUACUGGGAAAGUGACGGGUGUCGUCUCAGAGGACAUUCUUACCCUUGGAGGCAUCCGUAGCAAGGAGCCCAUUCGUUUUGCUGAAAGCCUGACAUCGAGCACUCUCUUUGGACGCGCUGUAUUUGAUGGCGUCUUUGGAUUGGCAUAUCAAGAGAUGAGCAGCUCUGGACAGCGACCACCGUUCUUGGCUAUGUUGGAGCAGCAUGUCAUCAAGAAGGGCAUGUUCGGAUUCUUCAUGGCUCGCGGCCGAGGCGAGCUCGCCUUGGGCGGAUACGAUUCAUUGAAGAUCGAGGAGGACAGUUUGAAGUGGUCCAAGGUCGUCAAGAAAGGUUACUGGGAGAUCAAUAUGGACAAGGUCAAGAGCGACAACACCGAUUUACUCAAGACUCCAGCCCAUGCCAUUGUCGACACUGGGACGACCCAGAUCAUCAUCCCCGUUGACCUUGCACGUCAUUUGCACUCCAAGUUCCUUCCUGGGGCUCGGCACAUCCACGACGGAAUAUACUCUGUGCCCUGCCACGGAAGGAACAUGCCCACGCUCCACAUCCAGAUUGCUGGAGAGGUUUAUGAGGUGCCUCCAAGUCUCUAUACGCUCCAAGAAAUCGCACCUGGCCGAUGCAUGAGCGGCUUUGCGGGCGAGGAGGUCGACGGUACCGCAUGGAUCCUAGGAGAUGUUUUCCUUCGCAGUGUUUACUCUGUCUAUGAUUUCGACAAUAACCGUAUUGGAUUUGGCAGACUUGCUUCCACCUAGAAGAUGGCCAGCUGUAUUCAGCAGAAACGCGCUCAUUUAUCGUCAUAUAUCCUCUGCAUAUUCCCCAAAGUCUUGCUUUCUUGCAAGCACCCUGUGUUUUGCACCCAUCAUAAAGACAUACUCGUGUACACAAUCAUCCACUCGCUUUAUCUAUCUGAGCGCCUUCGCUGCUUUUUUCUGAAUCCCUCCGUGGCUGCUUGGGAGCGCUUCAAUUCGCCAGCCUCUCGAAGAUCCACUCGUUUCUAC